AAUGUGAUAAACAAUAGGUAACAGUAAUUUAACAAAAUUAUUUUUUAGACUCAACAAUAAAUUUAAAUUUUACAAAUUUUACUAAUUCUUAUUUACACUAUCUACUUUUUAUUAAUUAAUACUAAUAAAUAUGACAACAAUGGACUACAAUCUGAAUGAUUACAUGGAAUUGGCUAGAUAUGAUUUGAAACAAAAACAAAUACAAAACUGGAUAAAUAUUAAUUCAAAUCAGCCAGAACACUCAAAACACUCAAGUCAGUCUGAAUUAUACGAAGAGGAAAAAAAGUCAAUGUUUACGACUGUCAAUAAUUUUAUGACUGAGCUCAUAAUCGAUAAGGAUCGUUUGAAAGAUUCUAGAUUGUACCUAACCAUUUCUGAGGAAAAGAUGAUGUUGGAUGAUUUUAAUGCGCGCAUAAAGACAGCCCAUGAUAUUAUUAAUCUACUAAAUGGUCUGAUACACAUAGAAAAGACUACUUGGAUAUCAUCAAAUCCUAAUGGAACUAAUCAAAAACAAAAAUUUAAAGAAUUAAAAAAGAAAAUAAAUUGGAUGGAAAAAUCAAUAGAUUUGGCUGUUAAAAGAUACAAUGAAAUGAGAGUAUUUUUAAAUCUUCCAAAGGACGAUUUGUAUUCAGAAAUAAAAACUCAAACAAAACCAUUUCAAUUAGAUUAUAUGUCUAAACAAAAAAGACAAGAAAUAGAACGUAAAUUUACAUUCAAAGAAACAGAACUCAUUUUACCUGAUUUGAGAUCACCAAUGGAAUUGUUAAACAGUAGAAUUGUAGAUCACGGUAUCAGGCCAACUUAUCGGUUCCUUAGGAGAAACACAUCGGGCCAACAAUUUAUCUACAACUACUCAUGUUCAUUGUUUGGGAUGUAUGUUGAAGGAAGUGGUACCAGCAAGUAUGAGGCGAAAAAAAAUACAGCUGCUGAAAUGUUGCGUUCAAUUAUAAGAAAACAGAAAAGCCGAACUCUUUCUUCCCAUAUAAGACCUUUCAAUGACAGAGAGUUAAGAGACAUGAGCCCGCUGAUUAAGUUUAAAGCAAACCAUGUGGAAACAUUGAACAAUGAAUGCGUUAAAAAUUUGUAUCAAUUACCAAUUUAUACACUUCUAUCACAGCCCAAAAAUGAUUACAGGCUGGCAAAUCAUUAUUCAGUGCAAUGCAAUGCAAUGGACUUAGUUGCAAUAGGACACAGUAACAAAAGAUCGACAGCUAAGCAAAUGGCCGCACAAAAUAUCUUAAACUUACGGGAAAAGUUAUUUUCAAAAAAAAUAUUCUCUUAACUCAAAGAUAAGUAUAUCUGUGUACAUAUUUCCAAUAAUAAUACGAGGUUAGCUUAGGCUCUGACGGGCGAGACCAUUUUUGAUCAAAACGUACGUACCCUUCCUUGUUCGACCAAAUUAAAAAAGACUGAUUCCCUUUUCGGCUUAAACAAAAUUUUUUGUAAAAUUAUGGCAAUUACAUAAUUAUGUAAUUUUGAACAUUAUUAAUAGUAUAAGUUGUAUAAAAUAUAGAAAAUUAUUUAAAAUA